AUGAGAGUAGGGAACGGGCAGGGUUUACUUCUCUAUCUCUACUCUCCGUCUCGGCGAUCCGCCUGCUCGCACGUCUUCCUGUUCCGCUGCGGCUCCGGUGACGAAUUCCGACGGUGGAGGACCGGGAAUUUCUCGACCUCUUCUUCUGCUACAAAUUCCUACCCCUCUCACUCUCAGUGGAGGCACCACGACGAGGAGAGCAAGAGCGUGAAGGUCGCCGUCUGGUGGGACUUUGAGAACUGCAGCAUCCCUAGCGGGGUCAAUGCAUUCCGGGUUCCUCAUCGGAUCACCUCCGCUCUCCGUGCCCAUGGGAUCCGUGGCCCCGUCUCCAUCACUGCCUUUGGGGACGUUGCCCAGCUAUCUCGCUCCACCCAGGAAGCCCUCUAUACUUCUGGAGUCUGCCUCAACCACGUUCCUAACUGUCAGUUCCCUUCACUGCUCGAUAUAUACAGAUAUAUGUUAUCCCUUCUAUUCAUAAUCAUCGCCAAUUCGCUCCUAUAUGUUAUCCGCCUUCCGCUAAUUAUUUCAUCUGUUUUACGAGGAAAUCAGUCGAUGUCAUUCUCCUUUUUUUUCUUUCAUCUCUAAGGAUCGAUCAUGGAAGUGAAAUAUGUAGCGUAUCAGCUUCGCUUCAGCAAUCUAGUGAUCUUAACGUGACGAUCUUUUUUCUGGACGCUUGCAAAAUGCAGGUGGGAAAAAUAGCUCCGAUAGAUCUCUCCUGGCUGAUCUCGUUUACUGGGUUGCUCAAAACCCUCCUCCUGUACACUUCUUUCUGAUAUCUGGUGAUGGGGACUUCGCUAACAUUCUACAUCGGUUAAGAAUGAACAACUAUAACAUACUACUUGCUAGUGGGGAUGGAGCUUCUGGUGCUCUCUGCAGUGCGGCAACACUUAUGUGGCAGUGGAACUCACUGGUGAGGGGAGACAGCCUCACUGGCAGGCACUUCAACCACUCCCCCGAUGGACUACAUGGUUCCUGGUAUGGCCAUUACAAAGGUGCUCUUGACAAUCCUUUCCCAGAUGGCGAGCAGACUAAUAUUAUGCCUCCAGAGGAACCCACGGAGUUCCUUACAGAUUUCAAGCCCCGUCAGAUCCCCAAAGCUUUGGUGAAUGGAAUUCGCCAGGUUCUGUUUUCACACCCGGAUGGAAUCAGUCUGUCAGAACUUCGAUCAGAGCUGAAAAGAAAUAAUAUAGUCUUGGAGAAGGAUUAUUUUGGGCAUAGGAAGUUCUCACACCUUCUUUUGUCCAUGCCAAACAUUUUGAAAUUCAAAUUUAAUCCUGGCGAUACUCAGCCCCUGGUUCAUGGUCUCCACCAGAGAUCAGUCAGUCAGUCUGAACCGAAUUCGAAGCCCAGUGCAGUUGUGGCUAGUAAGAGUUCUGGAGGUGAUGGCAAAUCAUUCUUUUUGCCUCGAAAAGCAACGGAAAAACAUUUUACUCUUGAGAGUGACCUGUCUACUUCGUUUAGAAAUAGCAUAGAUGCAGACGGUCCUCACAUAGCAACUUCUGCAGAAGAGUCUCUCGCUCUCUGUAAAGGGGCAGAUGGUGUUACGAUCCAUCAGAAGGAUGAUGUGACUGCUUCUUGUAAAGAGGUUGAUAAGAAAUCUGGUGAAUCUCAAUCCAGUAAGAAGCAGAAUGAGGAGAUCUCGACGAGUGAAGGGAUUUUUGGAGGAUUGUGGAAAAAACUUAUGGGCAAAAGGGGAGGAUCAGCUAAGGAGAAUACAAAUAAAAUAGAAAGUGGUCGUGCUUCUGGUGUUGUCUCUGAGAACAUUGGUGGUUCUAGCCCCGAGGAGAUGCAGCCAGGGAAAUGCAUUGACCGGCCAAAUUUGAAUCAGAACAGUAUAUCUCUUUCCUCUUUAUCUGGAAAAGAUACCCUCCAUAGUAAUAUUGACGUGAUGGAAGAUAAGGACAAAAUUGUUGAUUGUCCACCGGUUCCCAGUGGAAAUUCCUGGGAUUCUGGCACAGCUGUAAAGCAGGAUGAAAAUUCCCGGAAAUCUGGAUUAUUCAGCCACAUUUUCGAGUGGUUUAGAUCUUGGAAAGCCAGUUCUAGAGCUUCUGAAAAACUUCAGGGCAAUAUUUCUGAAUACGUUAAUCAAUCUGUAGAAGGACAGGGGCCGGAUCAACAUGGAAUAUGUUGCACUAACGUGACUCUGCCCGGUAUUCAAGCUGAGCACCAUAAUUUAUUUUCAAAGCCUCACUUUUGGGAUUCCAUGGAAUCAUUUUUGGGUACGUCAAAGGCAUCAGAUCUCAUCUCAAAGUCAAGGACUAGGUACUUUAAGUCAUUCUUUAUUCCUCUUUGGUUCUCUUACAUCUCAUUGAUUGCCUUCUGAUUGGCGCUUAUCACCUAGCAUAUAUUUAUAUGAUACAUUAACUUGAAAGCCCUGUUUUUCACGGGCUUUUCAUGUAAUUAGUACUCCUGAGGCAUUUUCUUUGUUAACUUUAGCAUCUUCUCCAUAAGUAAGAAAGAAUCAUGGUUUAUAUAGACCAAAAUCUAGUAAAUAGAUGAAAAAGUAAAGAAAGUUCUAUCAGGACAGGGGAAUUUCUAUUUGCAUUUGGUAGGGUAAUCUGACACCUCACUUGUUUUUGCCUUUUAAAAUGCUGGUUAAAAAGAUAUUAUUAAGUAGGGGGCUUAUCUCAUGAGCAGGUUGCUUAUUUCCCACAUAGCUUGUUUUAACAGUAGAUCAGUUCAUUAAAUUUAUUGAUCUGUAACUCUUGUACACCUACAAAUCAUUGCACAAUUGAUGAAAAUCAUUUCCCAGAGUUUCGACUGUAGAUCUUUCCAUUAAAUUUAUGAAUCAUUAAGCUCAUUUGUUUAAUGGACGAGUUUAAAGAAAAUAUUAGAUUGGUAUCCAGGCUGGGAUGAAAAAUUAAGCAACUAGGUCUAGAAUUGGCAUAAGAAAAUGAUUUUUCUUAUAUGGGCUAUUAUUGCAUGAUCUCUAUGCUUUUAGCAGAUCUUUUUCAGUCCUGUCCAGCAGACACUCUCCCUUAUCAGUGCGACGUCAUGACUAGAUUACAGGAAACACCCUGGGUUUUACUUCUGCAUUAUAAAAGUAGGGCUCUUAUUUUUCAUAUACUGUCUGCAGUUUAUAUUUCCACAGAGCAGGUGCUUGUGAUUUUGGUCCUUAGAUGAUACAUUAACAGAAAAUUUUUCGGAAAGAUAUCUGUAUCCUUCAUUCGUCUAUCAUACACUUGUAAUUAGUUUUACUGCUAGGUGAGCUGUAAUAUAUGCCUAUAGGAGGAUUUUUGAAGAGUCAACUUACUCAUAGGAAGCUGUAGAUUUGACUUCUGUUUGAUGUCUAAGCUUUUUUUUCUUCUUCAUUUUUGUGUUCAGGGAAGAGCUAAUGCGCGGGCUGCAGAGGGAGGGCCCUUUAGUACUUACUGCUCUUAAAGAGGGCCAUCUUUGUCAGCUGGUAAAUUUGUUGAUCGCGGAAAAGAAAUGGUUGGAAGAAAGUACUUCACAGGCUUAUCCUUUCAAGCUAAUGCUACCCACUAAAAGAGUGUGCGUUCCAUCUCAUGCCAAUGGAGUCAACGGCUUAAGAUCCAUCUUCUCAGAUAAGAUAUUUCGGUCCAACUCAGAGGCUACUUCCAAGCAGAGCACGCGAGACCAGCCUUGGAAUCCUUCUAGUGGGAGUCUGGAGGGCAGAGUUCCGAAGGGUAUCGCAGAGCUGAGAGAUUGGUUCAGCAGAAUCCACGAGAGCAGUGACAGUGCCCUUGCAUCUGAGGACUACGAGAGGCGAUUUGAAGGCGAAUUCGGUAGAAAGCUCGAUUCUUUAGUGUAUGGGUAUUUCACUGCGGAUGAUCUAGUUGCAGCGUGCUCUGUUGAAGCUGAAAGCAGCCCAAGAAGCGUCGGCAGCUGCCCAAAGAUAUCCAGAGCAGAUACACUCUCUGACUGCAAGACGCUGUUGACGGACUUCCUGGAGCAUCAUCCCAGUGGCUUUAACAUCGGCUUGUUCAGGCCGAUGUUCUUCAAGAGAUACGGCUACGUUCUCGAUUACCAGGCCCUCGGCUACCCCAAACUUGCAUCUCUGUUGCAGAUAAUGCCGGGCGUGAGGAUAGAAUCCUCUCUUGUUCUGCCCGCCGAGGCGCUCCACCCAGAUUCCGCCGACCAGAAGGCAGUAAAUGGCGCGGAAAGCGAAGUUUGGGACGAACUGGGGCCUCUGUCUGGCUGCGACGGAAGGGGAGGAGAGACGGCGGAGAGCUGGGAGGUCAGCGAGGCAGAGGCUUCAGACCCUCAGGAGUCUUCAAGGAAGCGAGCUCAUGGGAGGAGUAAGAAUGUGAGCGCUCUUCUGGAGGUUCUUGAUGGGUACUACUCGAGGCAGAGGGAACAGGGUGGCGGCAGAGAGGAUCGGGUGCUCUUUGCUGAGGGUCAGACGGAAGGCGGGCUGCGGGCAGAGGAAGGAGACGGCAGCGCCGCCGGUCGGACCCAGGUGGCCGAACAACCGGUGGAUUUCUCCGUCUGCGGCGGCAGUUAUGCGGAGGCGUCGGAUUUGCCGACCCGGAAGCGGAGUAUCUCUUUCGUUUCCGAUUCAAAAGAGGAAGAGGAAUCGGCGAGCAGCUUAGUUGGCAAAGUCAGGAAGCCGGGCGACUCGAGAUCUAAGAACAAACUCGAUACCCUUGGAACUGCGUGA